GGUAUUAUGGAAUGAAAACCCCUACUUAAUAGUAAAAUUAACAUGUUAAAUUGACAAUAAUCCAGACUUCAAAUAAAAAAUUGAAACCAACAACUAAAUGGUACUAUUUGAUAUAUUACAAUGUACCAUUUUAAUUAAUUAAAAAAAAAAAAAUUGAUUUUGAGAAAAUUGAAAUAUCAUACUGUUACUAGAGAAUCAACCAAACCCGACCCAGAACCCGGGUACUACUAAACCAAACCAUGGUAAAACGGAUCCAAUUUCCCGGGUUGACUUACCAACCCAGAUAUCCGGUUCAUACCAUACCCAAAUCUGAAAACCUACGGACCCUAUAACCCUUUUACCCUCUUUCGGAUCCUCCGAUCGGACUCUCUCUGCAAACUUCCACCACCGCCCGGAAUUCUCACCCGCAGAGACGAGAUAUUCUUGAUACCUUGCGCAUGUCAUGGAAAUAGUAAGUGAGGUUCCUGCCAAGAAAACGAAGAGGUUGACUUCCGUCGUGUGGAAUCACUUCGAGAGAGUGAGAAAGGCAGACGCACAAUAUGCAAUUUGCAUCCAUUGCAAAAAGAAACUGAGUGGGUCCAGUAACAGCGGUACAACACAUUUAAGGAAUCAUUUACUCCGUUGUCUGAAGAGAUCAAAUUACGACGUUUCUCAAAUACUCUCCGCAAAGAGGAAGAGAAAAGAAACUAGCCAAAGCCCUAUCGGCCAAAGCAAUCUCGGCCUUACAUCUAUCAACUAUGAAGACGGAAAAAUAAAAGAUGAAAUCCUCAUUCCUAUGCCUCUUAAGGUCGAGCUGGAGCAAAAGAAAGAAGACAUAAACCAAACCAUCAAUCUAGGAAGUGUUAAGUUUGAUCAAGAGCGUAGUCGGUUGGAUCUUGCUCGAAUGAUUAUGUUGCAUGGUUAUCCUCUGGCGAUGGUAGACCAUGUUGGGUUCAAAAUAUUUGUCAAGAAUCUGCAGCCCAUGUUCGAGGUCAACAACAAUGGUGCCGUUGAAAUCGACUGCAUGGCAAUCUAUGAAAAGGAGAAACAGAAAGUAUAUGAUGCCAUUCAUUAUCUACAUGGUAGAAUAAGCCUUUCACUGGACAUGUGGGGCUCGCCAGAGAGUUCCGAGUAUAUUUCGCUGACAGCUAACUUUAUCGAUGAGGACUGGAGGCUGCAAAAAAAGAUGCUUAAUUUCAUAUCAUUGGAUCCAUCGCACACAGACGAUGUACUUUCGGAAGUUAUUAUCAAGAGUUUGACAGACUGGACUAUCGAUCGAAAGCUGUUUUCCAUGACGUUUGACGAUUGUUCCUCCUAUGAAAUUAUGGUUUUCAAGAUUAAGGAUUGGUUGUCCCAGAACAGACCUCUUUUAAAGGGUGGCGAGUUGUUCGACGUGCGGUGUGUUACGCAUCUUUUGAAGUCUAUUGUACAAGAAGUCAUGGAAUCGUGUCGAGAUUUGAUACACAAAAUUCGGGAAUGUAUAAGGCACGUUAAAAGUACACAAGCAUUGCUCGCGAAAUUUAACGAAAUUUCUGAACAAGUAGGAAUCAGUAGCGGUAGGCGUCUAAUUCUUGAUUGUCCGAUGCAAUGGAAUUCAACCUACAUGAUGAUUGUAUCAGCAGUAGAAUACAGGGCUGCCUUUUGUCUUCUGCAAGAGAACGAUCACUCCUACUCAAAGACAUUAACCGAAACAGAGUGGGAAUGGGCUUGUUCAAUUGCAGGUUACUUGAAAGUUCUCCUCGAGUUCACUAAUGUCAUCGUGGGAAACAAAUAUCCAACCACAAACAUAUUUUUCCCAGAGAUAUGCGACUUGCACAUCCAAUUAAACGAUUGGUGUAAAACCCCUGACGAUUUUCUGAGCUCUGUGGCAUUGAAGAUGAAACUCAAGUUCGACACAUACUGGAGCAAGUGCAGCUUGGUUUUAGCUAUAGCAACAAUUCUUGACCCUCGUUUCAAAAUGAAAUUGGUCGAGUACUAUUUUAAGCAGAUUUACGGCAGUGCCGCCUCAGAUCGAAUCAAAGAAGUCUCUGCUGGUUUAAGGGAACUCUUUAACGAGUACUCCAUGAGCCCAUCUUCGUUCGAUCAAGAUUCAAAUCUACUUGGCGGCAGCUUAUCGAGUAGCAGCGGCGGUUCGAGAGAUAAACUCAAGGGUUUCGACAAGUUUCUGUUCGAAACUUCGCAAAGUCAGAACAUUUCGUCCGAUUUGGACAAGUAUUUGGAGGAGCUCGUUUUUCCACGUAAUUGCGAUUUCAGCAUAUUGAAUUGGUGGAAAGUCCACACACCGAGGUAUCCAAUCUUAUCUAUGAUGGCCCGUGAUGUUCUUGGAAUUCCCGUUUCUACCCUUGCACCGGAUGUAGCAUUUAGUAACAGUGGUAGAGUUCUUGAUCAGUAUCAUAGUUCGAUUAGUCCAGAUACUAGAGAAGCUUUACUCUGUGGGCAAGAUUGGUUGAGAAUCGAACCAGAAGCCACUAACUUGGCACUGAGCUAUUCUUCUCCAAUGCCACUUGCCGUCGAAACAAGUUGAUAUAGUAUACGGUAACGGUUUUUAUAGACUGAAAAGCGGAGAUUGUGCUGACUCUUUCGGGUUUUUUUUUUAUUUCGAUUUUUAGGUUUGAUGUAGAUCUGUUAGAUGAACAAUUAUGUUAUCUGCCCAUAGAAUUAUUUUGUUAAACGGACUAUUGCUUUUAAACAAUAAGGGCAUUUUUCUUCUGUUAGUUUUCUUGAUAUGAAGUAGAAGAUAAACAGUGUAAUAUAACAUCUGUAUUAUUAAUAAUUAUAAUAGAGAUCUCUGAAUUCUGAGAUGCACAA